AUGGCUUUUGUUAGACUUGCUGCUCUUUUUUUCGCUCUCUUCUUUCUUGCCACUUCCGUGUUAUCAAUGAAGAGCACAGAAGCAGCGAGUUGUUCUGCUACUUGUACGGUGGGUCUUUCUAAACCAUGUGGCUCCACCUCAUGCAUAUGUUCUCCUGUUUUAUUAUUAGCUGGUAUUUGUUCAAGUGGAGUUGAAUCCUUAGAGAAGAAGAUCGAUGAACAUCCCAAUCUAUGUCGAUCUGAUGAUGAUUGCGUGAAGAAAGGAAGUGGCGACUACUGCGCUCCUUAUCCUUAUCAACAUGUGCAUUACGGGUGGUGCUUUGAUUCUAACUCUCGAAUGCUGAAAAAUUUCUUGGCUUUGCCUAAAGGAAUGGCCAAGUGA